UUGCAUUUCCUGGUACAGUCGGCGGCGGCGGCUCAAACACCGAGGACUGAGCGUCACGGACGGGCAUUUCUUCAGCUUCUCUCCGGUGUCUGACCCUUCAAACCACCUACCAUGUGCCGAUAUGCUGCAGUCGUUUUGCUCCUUUUCUUUGGGAACGUCUUCCACCUGUCACAUAGCACUCAGGUGAAUGUCACAGACAAAGACGGCAAGUUGUGCCUCUAUGCCAAUCUGACGGCCUCCUUCUCAGUCUCUUAUGAAGUGAUUCCUGAUAAGAAUAUUACAGUCAGCUUUGAACUGCCUAAAAAUGUCACAACAGAGGGAAGUCAAUGUGACACCAAAAGCUCAACGUUGAAGCUUAAUUUCGGAGAGGGGCACUCCUUGAGUAUGAACUUCACCAUGAAUGGAAAAGUGUACCAGGCAGACUCCAUCACCUUUUCCUACAAUCUCAGCGACUCAGUUCGUUUCCCCAAUUCUUUGUUAAAUGAAACUGUCUCCGUGACCACAAAGCCUCAGAUUACAAAUGUAGGUGUCGAUACAUGCUACUCCUGCAAGAGUAAAGACCUGAUCCAGGCUGAUUUGGUCAAUGUGACGCUGUCAGACGUGCUCAUACAGGCUUUUGUCAGUAACGGCAGCAAGAGUGAACAGAUAACCUCUUGUAAAGCUGAUCAACCCACAACCCCUGCUCCCCCCACCACUCACUCCACCAAUGCAACCACCCCUCCACCCACCACCACCCCGACCCCCACCCCCACCCUCCCCACACCCACCACCGGGAAAUACAGCAUCAACACUGUUAACAGCACAGCCUGUCUGUUGGCCAAUUUUGGCCUGCGGAUCGGUCUCAAGCAAGGAGAGAAAUAUCAGGAGAUCAACCUCGAGCCCAACAUGACCAAAGCCACUGGAUCAUGUGGCGCCAACAGCAGCGAGCUGCAGCUGACAUCAAACUCAAUGACCAUCAUGUUCAGCUUCACCAGUGACACAACGAAAUUCCGCCUACAUGCUCUCAACUUCACUACAAAGACAAGCUCUGGUGCGGAGUUUUCUGAGGUGAACACCAACCUGAGUCUGUGGGAGGCGACUAUUGGCAGCUCCUACAUGUGUAACAAGGAGCAGAACUACACCAUCACCAGCCUGCUCACCCUCUACACCUUCAACCUACAAGUGCAGCCCUUCAAGGUCACAAAGAAUGCUUUCAGUACAGCCCAUGAAUGUUCAUUGGAUGACACCAGCAUCUUAAUCCCAAUCAUUGUUGGCGCUGCUCUGGCUGGCUUGAUUCUCAUUGUAGUGAUCGCUUACGUGAUUGGUCGAAGAAAGACUUAUGUUGGAUAUCAGACCCUUUAAAUCAAUCAUGAAAUAUCACGGGGCUCCCAAGCCUGGUCCUUGGCUUUUAAAAUCUUUUGAAUUUAAAAUCUAAAAUAAAGUCUCUCCUGGGAAAACUGGGAAAAUAGAUGUUAAUGCCUGUUGGUGAAGUUAUUGGUCAUUCUAAGCCAUGAAUGCACUCAGCAUUUUUGAUUUGCAGUAGCCUUAAGGAUCUUUAAUCAGUAGGAGGAGUCAAAAAUCCAUGUAAAGAUGGUUUGGUGUAUUUCUCAAGGACCAAACUUGUCUACCCCCAUUGUUUGUGUUGCUUUUUGUUGUUGUUUUUUUUUUUUUUUUUUGAAUGUCUUGUCCUUCCUUUUUUGUUGUUUUUUCAUUGAUGAGCAAGUGUAAGAUCCAGACCAUCUUUUUUUUUUUUUUUUUUUUUUUUAAUUUUCAAGUUAUCGCUCUCACAUUAAAAGUGGUGAUCAGUAUACAUAGAGAUCUUGGAGUUAUACAGGUACUUUAGGACAUAUACAUUCAAAAAAGUUAUUAGUUUUCCACACGCUUUAGUUUCAGAUGUGUGGCAAUUUAAGUUUGUUGCAGUAGGAUCCAGCACUUGCUCUGCAGACAUUCCCUUUUUGUUUGCCUUUGUCAUCAUUUAAUCUUUGUGCACAUUUUUAGUUUUUACUUCCUUUUUAUGGUUUGACUUUUCAUCCCCAUAAUUAUUUACUUUGAGACAUACAAGAAUUAUAAUUUUCACAGCAUUUCCUUUGCAAAAUCCAAAGGAAGAUGGUCAAGCAGCUUUCUUUCUUUGUUCUGAGAAAUUCAUUAGCAAGGAUGAAGGUCUACUUACUCCAUUUCAAAAGUUGGCAAAGGAAAUAUGCUUUGGCCCAUGUUUGCCCCUGUAGAGCAGGAGAAACAUUGGAAUUAUUUUCCUGAUUAUGUGGCUCCAGUCAUGUUAAGAAUGUGAAAUCAAAGUGUGAGUUAUUUAAACAUUGAUAGACCCUUUUUCAUGCAUGACAUUUGUAUAUAAAUCAAGCAGUAAAAGUUGUGGUAGAACUAAUGACCUUAACAAUGGCUCACUGACAUUUAUCUUCCUAAGGCCCUGAAACUGACAAAACUACAUGGGCUGAUGCCACUGUUAAUGUUAUUAAUUACACCUGUGCUUUUUCUGCCAUACCAUGUCAACAUGUCUGCUGUUAAAAAGGUCUCUUACAUUUGCACAUGUUCCAGCCAGAGAAUGAAUCUGAAAAGAAAGGUUGACUUUUUUUUUUCUCCCACAAUUUGUUUUGGCAUUAGGUUUAGAAAAGGGAUAGUAAUAUUGUGUAGAUGUUCACGUUCAGCGCAGACAAUUCUGAAACGAGGAUAUUUACAUAUAAAUGCACUAAGACGCUCUUUAUAUUUAGCGUUUUGUUGAGACUGUCGUCACAUUUUUUUUUCACCUGUGUAUAGGUAUGGGCUUGGCCUGAGUUCUGAGAGGUGUAGGUGGAUCAGGGAGCAUUAAAGACCCUGAAAACUUGGUUUCAAAUCUUAAAUUCUUCUCAACAGCUUUAAAUGUUUGUGAACAAGAAACAAUCAGAGUUAAAUGUAGGAGUUUUUUUUUUUUCAUAAAGAGUUUAACACAGGAAUAGUCUAAUGUUUGGGGAUAUUAUUUGGUUUCUUGCCAAGAGUUAGAGAGCAUGAGAGUGGUAUCAGUCUUCUCACCCAUCAAGUAUGAAGCUAAAGCCUGCAGCUGGUUAGCUUAGCUCAACCCAAAAACUAGAAAAUGGGGGUGGGGCAGUUAGCCUGGCUCUGUCAAGUAGUUUCAUAUUAAGUGUGCAGACAUGAGUGGCAUCUAUAAAAAAAAAAGUCAAUAAGGGCAGUUCCCAAAAUGUGAAACCAUUCCUUUGCAAUCUCAUCUGCCCAUGUUAUAAAAUCCAGAUGGACGCACUGAAAUAAAUGAAAGAAACUUUUGCAAAAUUGACAAAACUGUUGGAAGAAAAUUGUGUUUUGGUGUAGGACUCUGUCACUCGUAGUAACGAGUUGAAAAUAGGUUUUCAGGGCCUUGAAGUCAGUGAACUAGUGUAGGUUUCAGUGAAGCUGUGUCAGGGAUGUAGGCAAGCCCCAGCAUGUGUAUUUUUGUAAUGACAGAAAGCCAAUGUGACACAUGGUAGUUGCUGUGUAUUGUUGCUUAAUUCUAGCAGAGUGCUGUGUGCUGUUUGACUUGUUCCAACUUGUCAUUCAAGACUGGAACGAAUCAGGCAGCAAACUACACUAAAGAUGAAAACAACUAGAAAUAUUUGCAUUUUUAAGUUGCUUAUAAAAUGAGGUUUUCCAGGACAUUGUACGUAUGUAUGAAUAAUGGCUCUAAAUCAAACAUGAGCUUUGACUUGCUUGUGAUUACUGCUGUCAUCUGUAUUCCAGCUUUGUACAAACGCAGUUGCCUUAAUUAUAAAGAUGGUUUUGCAGCACUACUAUAAAUGUUUAUGGGUAUAUCUCCCUUGUUCUCAAUAAAUCAUCUAACCUGUUCUUCAUCAUGACAACUGUGCCUUUCUCACCAAUAACAUCCUGUCUUGUUCUUUCAUUAACUCACUAGUACUGUUAAGAUACCUUUUCCGUAACAUGGUAUUUUUUUGGCUCAUUGUUCUAUUCCUCUUCUCCAGUUGAGAACAUUGCACACAGAUGUCCAGCAAAGGGAAUUUGUGCUGCAAGGCCAUCUCAUCAAAGAUCAAUUAAUGUGUUCUGUGGGUGAUCAUCUCCAUUCUCUCACGCUGUUAGCUAUAAUAAAUUGGAUUUCAAAUUGUGUGUCAGACUGAAGUGGAGCUUUUUAGUAUUUUAAGACUUAUGAAAAUAAAAAUGCAUUGCUGUCCUGGA